CAGACCUCAGCUUUCAAUAUCAGAAUUCAAUAUAGAUAUAUAUACAUAUAUAUAUAUAUAUGGGGUUGAAAUUUUCUUCAAAAGCGAUAGAGAAGAGUGUGUGUGUUAAACAAGAAGGUAGAGUGAAAUGUUUCACACAGUAUCAUCGGAAGAGUUCUGGAAGGGAAACAUAAGCGGAUUUGGAUGGGCAUUCAAUACCAUCACCGUCCUAACCUUCAUAAUCACAUUUCAAUACUUGGCCGCCAAAUCCAAAUUUUCUUUCAUUGGGUGGGGGAACUACAAACUAGAUACUCCGGAGUUAUUGAAAAAAAUUCCCCGAUCCAUAUCAGCAGUUGCUUAUUCUGCUAUUUCUCACUCCGACUCCAAGAAAUCCACCGCCGUAUCUCAAUCUCCUGAUCCCCAAAUCCGUGUAUCUCAAUCUCCUGCUCCCCAAAUCCGUGUAUCUCAAUCUCAUGAUCCUCAAAUCCGAAAUUUGGAGAUUGUAUCUGAUUUGGAUUUGAAGAACUUGAUUCACAAUUUGGAUCAGAAGCCUUGUGACAAUGAGAAAUGGGAUAAUGUUGUAGACAAAACAAGGAGUUGUCUUUCCUACAAUGCACAAUGCUGUAAACCAAAGGAUGGUCCCCUGAAAUAUUUGAGUGUGACAAUAUUUGAGAAUUGCUCUGCUGAGAUGCUGAGAGACUUCUACAUGGACAAUGAAUAUAGAAAGAAGUGGGACAGAACCCUGACUGAGCAUGAACAAUUGCAGGUGGAUGAAAGUAAUGGAACUGAAAUUGGUCGUACAGUAAAGAAGUUCCCACUUUUGACACCAAGAGAAUAUGUAUUAGCUUGGAGAGUGUGGGAAGGAAAAGAUAGAACCUUCUACUGUUUUAUUAAGGAAUGUGAACAUCCUUUGGCCCCAAGACAGAAGAAGUAUGUACGUGUUGGGUUCUUUAGAUCUGGUUGGCGAAUCAGGAAAGUACCUGGUAGGAAUGCCUGUGAGAUCAAAAUGGUACACCAAGAAGAUGCUGGUUUGAAUGUGGAAAUGGCAAAGCUGGCCUUUGCAAAGGGCAUAUGGAGUUAUGUUUGUAAGAUGGAUAAUGCACUGCGUCGAUACUCUGCCAUCCGUCUUUCUGUCAUUGGCCGUCCAAAAGUUAGUUCAGCUGUGACUGCAGUCACUCUUAUUCAUAAGGUACCGCCUGAAUUAGAUCCAAUAAACAAAACAAUCGGAAGAGCUAAUCUGGAAACAGCUGCAGUGAGUGCUACUCCCACCCCCCGCCAAAUUGCUCACGAUGGCAUUACGAAAAAAUCCUCAAGGCCUUCAAAUAAAUUGAUAGCCAAUGUGCUGAUUCUCCUUGGGGGUGUAAUCUGCGUGUCUCGUGGUCACUCUAACUUGGGUGGAAAGCUUGCCAUGGCAUACAUUUUGAGCAAGUUCACCAAGCGUGGUGCUUCAUCAAGCCAAAGCAGGCAAGUUUAGACACGAGUUUGUUGUAACAUUGCAAGCGAGUUUCUGAAUGUUAGUAACUGUACCAUGUUGCGAAUUGCAUCGAUGAAUGCUGCUGCAGUAUCAUAACCACACACUCGAAAUUUUACCUGUUUGCUGGAUGGUUUGAUGUACACAUUACUGCAUUUGUAUCUUUGUAGGGAUGUCAAGACUAAUCUGCUUCCUUGGAGAAGAUGGAAUUUCUCUUCUUUUUCUUUUUUCCCCCUAAAACUAGGGCAUAAAAGUGGGAAAUGACUUUAUUAUUGUUUUUUCCUUGUAUAUAUGUCAAGAAACACAAUUAUUUCUUUAUAUGUAAGUUCAAUGUUGAUAA